AUGAGUGCUAGAAGAGGUGCGAGAGGUCGUGGCCGAGGUUGCGGAAGUGUUAGGGCUGAGUCAUCAGCGUCAGGCCAUAUGCCCAAUGUUGGAGUAGAAGAGGCUCCGGCCUCACUCGUGGUUGAGAAUGGACAGUACAAUCGGGCCACGGGGAAUGAUGCAUUAUCGCAGGGCACCCAACCGGAGCUAGUCACCUGGGAGUUCUUCAAAGCUGCAUUCCAAGGAAAGUAUGCGGGUGCAAGCUAUGUGGAUGCUAGAAGGAAUAAGUUCCUGAACCUGACCCAUGGAAACAAAUCGGUGGUAGAGUAUAAGGCGAAGUUUCUACGCCUUAGUAGGUAUGCAAGAGUAAUGGUUGCAAUGGAGUAUGAGUGUUGCGUGAGGUUUGAGGAUGGACUUAGAGAUAGCCUUAGGAGGCCUAGGUCUAGUGCCAGAGUUAAUGGGCCAGUUAGAGCAGGGCCCCCUGCUACUAAUUCAGGGGUGCCACCUUGUGCUGACUGUGGGAGAAGCCAUAGAGACGAGUGUUGGAAGAGGACGGGAGCCUAUUUUGUUUGUGGGUCUAUGGAACAUAGGAUCAGGGAUUGCCCACAAAUGUUAGGACGAGAGUCGGUAGUGGGCCAAGGUGGUGCUCAGCCGCCACGGGGUGGACAGCUGCCGCUAAGGAGUCAUGGACAGGCCAGAGGCUGUAACGAUAGUGGACGCGAAGCACCAGGCGGAAUUGCAGGCCAUACUAAAGCGAGACAACCAGCUUUGGUUUAUGCUACUCGUCGCCGAGAAGAUGGAGAUGCCCCAGAUGUGAUAACGGGUAUGUUCUUUAUAUAUGAGUUACCUUACUCAGCCUUGAUUGAUAUUGGAUUGACGUAUUCAUAUGUUGUAUGCAAUAAGACUGAGUUUUUGGGUGAUUUGUUUGAAAUUACUGCAAAUGAGAUGACUGUGAUAAGUCUGUUAGGGCAGUCCAUAGGAGUGAAUAAGUUGUUUAGUAAGGUUAAGAGCCCUACUGUUAAGGAGUUAAGAAUAGUUAGGGAAUUUUUGGAUGUCUUUCCCAAGGAGUUGCCUGGGUUGCCACCCAGCAGGGUGGUAGAAUUUCGAAUCGAGUUGUUACCUGGGAUGGCUCCUGUGUCUGUCGCUCCUUACCGGAUGGCACCAAAAGAGUUGGUGGAACUUAAGGCAUAG